GAAGGGUGGUACCUGUUCUACUUCUGCAAAUACGUUUCUGUCGUCUCAUCAUGCUUGUAAAAAAAACAACAUGGACAUGAGAGAGUCCUCCUGGAGAGCUGUGAUCAGUCAGUCCAUGGUCAUUUGAUCAGCUGGAGCCGAGAGGACGAACCGACGCGGAUUUGAACCUCACCUGGUCUAUAUGAGCCCGUCAGGUAAACGCUGAACUGAGCCCGAUUCAAAGUUUGGAUACUUUUCAUUGCAGUGCUAAAAUUGCUGACCAAAAUAAGUGUUCACGUUACCACCACCUCCUCCGACCCCCUUGUUCUCCAGCACCAUGAGUGGUCAACCACGGAGGAUUCGUCUGAAGCCAUGGCUGCUGGCACAGAUUAACAGUGGGAAAUACCCAGGACUGCACUGGCUCAAUCAAGAGCGCAGACUGUUCCGGAUCCCAUGGAGACACGCCACCCGUCAUAUGCCUACCCUUGAAGAGGAGAACACUAUUUUUAAGGCUUGGGCUUUGGAAACAGGCAAGUACCAGGAAGGAGUAGAUGAGCCAGAUCCAGCAAAAUGGAAGGCUAACCUCCGCUGUGCACUUAACAAAAGCCGAGAGUUCGGACUCCACUAUGAUGGCACUAAGGACACCCCCGUCCAGCCUUAUAAGAUCUAUGAGGUGUGCGACCAGUCAGUCAAUGGAGAUGCUGGAGAGGAUGAGGAAGAGGAGCUGCAAAACUUUGUAAAACUCUCCAUUGACCCUUCAAGCUACUCGGCAUAUCCCCCUAGAGUUGACGUUCCGUUCACAUCUUCUGAUGGCUAUAAUACUGCCCACCACAACCCUCAAAUGAAACUUUUCGGUGAAAUGAUCCCUAAUAACCCCAACGGAGGUGCUCCUAUGACCACUCAUCUUGCCCAGCCCAACACAGGACCCCCUGAAUUUCCCAGUCACAGUGCAGUUAAAGUUGAGCAGGGAUCAUAUCCCAUUCAUGGUGGAGGACUUUCGAAUGGUAUGGAAAUGGGGUCUGGAGUCAUUCCGCCUCCUGCUCUUCAGGAUGUAGUCUCUCAUUCUGUUGGCCCUCCAAACAUAGUGGACACCCCAAUGCAAGAGGUGCCAUCUCAAGCGGAGAACCAGGUUCAUCCCUGCAUCUCAGAGCUGCUGAGCAGUCCACACAUGUUGCCCUUAACUGAUCUGGAUAUCAAGUUCCAGUACAGGGGUCGGACAGCUGGUUCUUUGACCGUCAGUAACCCUCAGGGUUGUAGACUUUACUACGGUAACCUGGCACCCACACCAGAGCAGGUGGAGCUGUUCGGUCCAGUCACUCUUCAGCAGGUACUGUUUCCAGGAUCCGCCGAGAUCCCGAACGAAAAGCAGAGGUUCUACACCGAUCAUCUGCUGGAUGUGAUGGACCGAGGGCUGAUUUUGGAGAUCAGGGGACAGGAUAUCUAUGCCAUCAGGUUGUGCCAGUGUAAAGUGUUCUGGUCUGGGCCAGGUGUGCCUGAGCAGGGGCCGCCCAAUCCAAUGGAAAGAGAGAUGAAGAUCAGGGUCUUCAGUCUGAACAACUUCCUUCAAUGUCUCAUUUCUUAUCAGAAAGGGGAGGCACCAUCUCCUCCACCCUUUGAGAUCUACUUCUGCUUCGGUGAGGACUGGCCAGACAGAAAGCCCAAGGAGAAAAAGCUCAUCAUUGUCCAGGUUGUUCCAGUUGUUGCAAGAAUCCUUACCGAGAUGUUUUCAGGUGAGCUUUCGUGGUCUACAGACAGCAUUCGGUUGCAGAUCUCCAACCCCGACUUGAAAGACCAGACGGUGGAGCAGUUCAAAGAGCUCCAUAGACUGUUGCAGAGUCAAAACACACACCCCCCCUGGACUCAGAACAUCCACUAACUGAAAGAGGAACCCAUGUUGUUCAUUGCCUGCUGAAAAUUGGAGGUCCUUUCAGCACUGGAGUAUAUAGUUGCCCUCACCAUUGGACUAGACCUCUUGACAUUUUUUUUUUCUCCAUAUUUUUUGUUUUGUUCUUUCCUAUGUCUUGGUUAACUUGUCUUUUAAAAUGUUAGAUUUCAAUAAAUACCAUUGCAGUAUUUUAAAUGGUUGCUGACAUGAUCAAGUUACCACUGUGCGAUUCACCAAAUGAACAGUUGAGCGUCUUCUUGACGUUAGCAUAACCUGACUCUAUUAAACCCUUAAAUAAGCUGUCACUCAUAGAUUUAAGACUCGUAUUUCAUGCAAGUUCCUUGCAAACUUUACGAGAGCAGGCAGAUAAUAACAUCUGCUGACCUCAUCCUUUAAGGUCUGUGCCAGUAACAUGAACCUGUCGGACUUGAACGGAUGUGACUACAUGCACUCAUUCAGCAAAUGGGAGAGAGGAGGAGUAACCUGAGGGUUUACACGUGCAGUUGUGAGCAACACAUGAUUGUAGGGCCUUAGACAAUAGAAGAGGGUUCAGUUUACUCGGGUCCUGUUUUCUGAGUCACAAUGUAACUUUCUUAAAAUUAAACCUGGUCAAACUGGUUCCUAGAGCUGCAGAAAGAGUGAAAAUCAGUUCUCAAAACACAAGUGGAUCUGAAAAGAUACGAGACAAAGAUUAGUUUGUUCCUCACAAUGUUGGAUUUUAUUUUGCCCAAUCGGCCGGACACGCUCCUAAGAGUCUCUUGAGAUAUGCCAACAUAUUGAAAGAACAAAAAAAAAAAAAAAAAAAA